UGCUUUUCGCUUUACGCUGGCAACAAAAUGAAAUAUUUCGCUAUAUUUGGCUUCUUUCUUCUGGUUUUGGCUGUUGCCACAGCAUCGGCCAACGCACAGGUGCCGCAAUUUGGUCGCAAUGGGGCUGCUGCCGCCUCUGGUUUCCUUAGGCAGAAAUCUGCUGGCAAUCAUCCACAAGGUCAACCACCAACCCCACCGCCAAAUGGCCAAAAUGAUGGUAAUAACAACAAUAACAAUAACAAUGGACAAAAUGGACAAAACUAACACAACUAAAGGUUCAAUAACAAAACAUAUUUGCUAUAUGAACAUUUAAUAUGGUUAAUUGAAAUUCAUUAUUAGAUGUUGUUGUGACAGAGAAAUAUAUAUAAAUUUUAAGCAAGCGCAAAAA